AGAGUGGUGCGCCCAAGUUGUUUGGUGGCGGCGCGUAUGGCCUCUCUGGGCACGGGGGUGCCCAUCUCACUGGCCAGCUCGGUUCCUGGAACCGAUCCGGGGCAGGGGGAGGAGAGCGCCGGGUCAGGGGCCGCCGCAGCUCCCGGGUAGUCAGCCAGCCAGCUUGCCAGCCCGCGCGCGCUUCGCGGGCCCUUCCGCUCAGGAUCAGGUCAACCAUUGGUUUGCCCUCUUUACGUAGUCAGCUGAAAGUGACCUCUCGGGUUCUUCAGGAUGCCUGCAGCGCUUGUGGAAAACAGCCAGGUUAUCUGUGAAGUCUGGGCCAGCAAUCUAGAAGAAGAGAUGAGGAAGAUCAGAGAAAUCGUGCUCAGUUACAGUUAUAUUGCUAUGGACACAGAAUUUCCAGGUGUUGUGGUACGACCAAUUGGUGAAUUUCGUAGUUCCAUAGAUUACCAGUAUCAGCUUUUACGGUGCAAUGUUGAUCUUCUAAAAAUUAUCCAGCUGGGCCUUACAUUCACGAAUGAGAAGGGAGAAUAUCCUUCUGGAAUCAACACUUGGCAAUUCAACUUUAAAUUCAACCUUACGUUUUGUUUCCACCAAACCCAGCUAGGGGUUGGAUGGAACAGUCAAGCAGAAGAUGGAGUAAGGAAUCUCAGAAAAGAGGACAUGUACUCCCAGGAUUCCAUAGAUCUCCUUGCUAACUCGGGGCUGCAGUUUCAGAAGCACGAAGAGGAAGGGAUUGACACAUUGCACUUUGCAGAGCUGCUUAUGACAUCAGGGGUGGUUCUCUGUGACAAUGUCAAAUGGCUUUCAUUUCACAGUGGCUAUGAUUUUGGCUACAUGGUAAAGUUACUUACGGAUUCUCGUUUGCCAGAAGAAGAACAUGAAUUCUUUCAUAUUCUGAACCUUUUCUUCCCGUCCAUUUAUGAUGUGAAAUACCUGAUGAAGAGUUGCAAAAAUCUUAAGGGAGGUCUUCAGGAGGUUGCUGAUCAGUUGGAUUUGCAGAGAAUUGGAAGACAGCAUCAGGCAGGCUCAGACUCGCUGCUGACAGGAAUGGCAUUCUUCAGGAUGAAAGAGUUGUUUUUUGAGGACAGUAUUGAUGAUGCUAAGUACUGUGGGCGGCUCUAUGGCCUAGGCACGGGAGUGGCCCAGAAGCAGAAUGAGGAUGUGGACUCUGCCCAGGAGAAGAUGAGCAUCCUGGCGAUCAUCAACAACCUGCAGCAGUGAUGGCAGCGCGGCUCUCGGGUGGGCCUGCGCCCAGCGUGGUGCUUACUGUGCUGUCAGUGUAGUUACCUUCCUCCCCAUGGGAAAAUGCAUCUUGAGCAAACUGUGCUAACAUCUGCGGGGACAGAAAGACUUUUGUUUUACUGAAGACAAAAGAUGUCUUUUAGAUCCAGAAGAGUGGAGUUUGCUCUGAAUUUGUGAACAGGUCUUUUCCUGUUCUUCCUCCCCAAGGCUCUCCUCUCCAGUUGCCUCCUGCCACCAGCAUCCAUGGCUCAUUUGACACCUUUUUAAAUAUCCAGGACAACUGAGAAACAAACUAGUAAAAUAUAUAUAACUCUUA